AUGUCUCGGAAGUCGAAGACAACACAGAUUUUGAUCCAGACUUUGAGGAGACUGAACAAAGGAGGUGUUGACUGCCUUGAUAAGCUUACUGGUGCAUACACCUGCAAGCAAACAACAGCCGGCUGGCCUGUGGCACUGUUCCACAACAUCCUUGAUGUGUCUGCUUUCAAUGCAUAUGUGGUGUGGGCAGCCAUUGACCCAACCUGGAACCAGGGGAAGAGUUUCAAGAGGAGACUUUUCCUAGCAGAGCUGGGGAUGCUUUGUGACAGCAUGCCAAAGCGGAUGGCUCUGAUCUGCUUCCUGUCUCUGGUCAUGCUGAUGAGCAUCCUGGGAAACCUGCUGGUCAUGGUGGCCGUCUGCAAAGACAGACAACUCAGGAAAAUCAAGACCAACUACUUUAUUGUGUCCUUGGCGUUUGCUGACUUGAUGGUGUCGGUGCUGGUGAUGCCGUUCGGUGCCAUCGAGUUGGUCGACCAGAACUGGAUCUACGGUGAGACGUUCUGUCUGGUUCGGACGUCGCUGGACGUUCUCCUGACCACCGCUUCCAUACUGCACCUGUGCUGCAUCGCUCUGGACCGGUACUACGCUAUCUGUUGCCAGCCUUUGGUUUACCGGAACAAAAUGACGCCAAUGCGAGUCGCUUUGAUGAUUGGUGGCUGCUGGGUCAUUCCCACUUUCAUCUCCUUCCUUCCCAUCAUGCAGGGCUGGAACAGCAUUGGCAUUGACCAGUGGAUCGAGGAAAGACGACGAAGCAGCAACUCCACGUCUUGCGUCUUCAUGGUCAACAAGCCAUAUGCCCUCACCUGCUCUGUGGUGGCCUUUUACAUCCCCCUGGUCCUCAUGGUGCUGGCUUACCAGAGGAUCUACAUCACAGCUCGAGCGCACGCCCUACAGAUCAGCAUGUUGCAGCGGGCUGGUGGGGCUGGAGCUAGCACUCCUGGUACUUCAGGUGCCAGUACAGGAGUGGGUGCUGGUGCAACGUCAGACUCCGCUGACCACCAACGCAAUCACCGCAUGCGAACAGAAACAAAAGCAGCAAAGACGCUAUGCAUCAUUAUGGGAUGUUUCUGCCUUUGUUGGGCACCAUUCUUUGUCACCAAUGUGGUGGACCCAUUUAUAGAUUAUUCAGUGCCCGAACAGCUGUGGACUGCCUGCCUGUGGCUGGGCUACAUAAACUCCAUGCUGAACCCCAUUCUCUACGCCUUCCUCAACAAAUCCUUCCGUCGUGCCUUCCUCAUCAUCCUAUGUUGUGGGAGGAAGAGGUACCGCAGGCCAUCCAUCAUGGCACCAAGCACUACCUGUACAGCCACUCAGAUCAACGGUUCAACACACGUACUAAAGUAUUCUGUCCUUCACAACGGGAACCACAAAGAGCAGGAGAAGAAGCCUCUGCACACAAACAUAGGCUCUCACGAGUCCUGCUUGUGACGAACAGCGACUCCACGGUCACAACACCCUCCGAUCUCACAAUGUCAACACGCAGACGACGGGACCGCCCCGACCUUCACAUGACCAGAGCUGGAAUCUCAGCAGAGCUCCAAGCCUGAG